UACCAUUAUUAAUAUUUCAGAGCUCAUAUUAUCAGUCAAUAAGCCAAUAGGAAAGAAACGAUAACAAGUAUAUAAGUUAUAAUAAAGCAAUAAUUGUUCGCAGUGGCGAAUUUAGGUGCAAAAAAUAGGGCACCCGAACCCGUGGUCUCUUCGUAAAAUUAGAUAUUUUAUGUAUAUAUUUUCUAACAUUUGUAUAAUAUUAUAUUCUUGCACCCGUACUAUAAAAAUUUUAGUUGAUCCACAUGGUUAAAUGUUGAGCUUUUGACUUUGAGGACUAAAGAUCAAUUCCCACUUAAUACAUUUUUCUUGGUGCACCCAUGUUCGGAUCAUCCUAGAUUCGCCUCUGAUUGUUGGUUACCUAGUAUUAGAUAAAUUAUUUAUGCAAAAAGUCAGAGCUCAUACAUACACUCUGAUUGUGCCUUUUUAAACUUGAAUUAUUCUUUGAUCUUAUCAGCUAUCUCUCUACAAGACAACACCUUGUGGCUGCAGGCAAAUUGAAUUCAUGGUCAUUGAGAAUUGAAUACGAAAUUGGAGAUAUAAAAAAGGAGAUAGGAGACAAAAGUACGCGCUUGAGUGAUUGUAAGACUUGAGCUGAACUUGUGUUAGGAAAAUGGCUCAAAUUAAUGACAUUGACGAUGUGUUAUAUCACCUAAGAAGGAUCAAGAGUCAAGGUGAUCAGAGUAGCAUCAAGAUUGAUCAGAUUGAGAAACUUGAAAUGGAGCUAAGAAUGUUUAGAACCUUUAUAAAGUAUUAUCAUAUUCUUUUGCAUGAUUUCUUUGUCAAACCCACAAAGAUCGCCAAAUUGAUCGUGAAAAUGCUUCACCGGGUAUUUGAUGGAAUUCCAUAUGAAUGUAAAACUAACCUUGAUCAGGAAAGACUGGUAGCACAGUUAUUGAAUUUCAUAGAUGAAGGUAAUUCCAGUUUGAGGUACAAUUAUGAGUUCAUGAAUGAUUCUUAUCUAUCAGAUUAUAUGGAUUGCCUCGGAAAGAAUCUAAAUGAUGUACUGAUAAUGUGCCUGAAAUUGGAUAGGUCUGAUCCUUCUUGGACGAAUGAAAAAAUCCUUCACUAUAAUCGAUUUAUAAAGCAACUGAAAAUUGUUCAAAAGAAAAUGAGAUUUUUGAGAUACUUAUAUGCCACAGAGAUAAAUGGUUACAUCGACCAUGAGAAGCUGGAAUGUUUGGAGACUCGAAUUCAGUUCAUGGCUAAUAAUGUGGGACAGUUUUGUCAUGCUUUUUCGAUUAAUGUAUCUGAGUUUGAAGAUGAUACAGAUGAGGAUGAGGAUGAGGAUGACAAGGAUGAGCAAGAAUACAUGAAUAAACCUCCAUAUCUGUUAUGUCUAAUUGAGCUAGUGGAGAAUAGUCAUUGCACUAGUAGCGUCUACGAGCCUCCCGCUUCGGUACCAUCUCCUUUUUUACCAGCCGAGCUGCCCUGAAAUGAAGAAGAUUUUUCUUGGUGAGCUAAAGGCUUCAAAGUUCACUCAGUUAGAAACUUUCAAGAACAAGAAAUUACCAAAAGGAUUUUCACAUCAUCUCCGUAGUCUGCUGGUGUAUCUAAAAAACAAAAAGCUCCCAAUCUUUCCUACUAAUGUCUCAACCCAAAAUAUUGAUGUGGCAAUAGAUUUCUUGUUUGUGUUUCUUGAUGAUGAUGGGUCAAAUCAUGCUAUUAAUAGUAAGAUGAUGAAUGAGGUCUUCGAAAAGGUUGUAACCAUAGUGGGUGAUGUUCUAUAUGUAAUUCAAAAGCUUCUUCCUAGAUCUGUAAACAUAGAUGACAUGACUAGCAAAACAAAUAUUUGCUCGAUACAGAUAUUGGAGAAAAUUAAAGAUCUGAAGGCACCAAUGGAGACGUACUACAAAUCCUUAAAGUUCAGUACUCCAUCUCAGUUUCCCACUAUUGGUGGAUUGAGUUUUCUGGCUUCUCUUUUAAGGAAACUGAAUGAGAUGUCGAAAUCUAAAUCAGGUUUAGAUUUCCUGAUGAAGCCUCUUUUUGGUAACUUGGAGAAAGAGCUAUCAGCCCUGACAUCCAUUUUAGAGAAGGAGUUGUCAUUUUUAUCAUCCAUUUUCAGAGAUAUCGCAAAGGUGCACCAUGAACAUGAAAUUCUGAAAGCUCUUCACAGGCAUACUAUCAAUUUGGCAUAUGAAGCUGAAGUUUCCAUUGACUCUAUUCUUGCUCAAUAUAAUGUUUUUUGGCAUAUUUUCUGCUCACUUCCUGCAAUCUUGAAAGAGAUUAAGCAAAUCAGUUCGCAGGUGACUAAGAUGUGGUCAGCAGACGUUGCUCUUAAGCCUUGCUAUGUGGUAGCGCCAUCUAAACACCUGCCAACUCAACAUAGCAAUCCAGAGACUGAUGAGGAGAUAGUAGGUUUUGGGAAAGACACAGAAAAAAUG